GCUAUGCAAUCGUCUCCGUAUGAUCGUCACUUACAUUGAUAGUCGUUUUGUUAAAAAGUUUGAAGCUUUUGUUUGUCAUCUUCAAUCUUCAUCUUUGCCUGGUCUUUAGAAAUAUGGCGUUGGUGAUCUACUGGUUCGAUUUCAUCUGCGUCGCCAUUUUGGAAGUGGCCGUAUUCUUCAGAGCUAUGUGGGUUCUCAGGGGUGGAAGAAGGUGACAGCAAAGGCGGCAAGUAUGAUCAGACCAUGUCCAAGAGCCUCUUGGUUGCUUACGAAGGGCUCCUGAGUCCUGGGUCUACGAAUGCUCUGAUCUGAGCUGCCCUCAUGGUCGCCUUUCUCAGUUAAAGGCAGCACAACCCCACGCAAAGGAGGCAGUACUUGGGGUAGUUAGAGUGCACUAGGCAAUACUCCAAUUUUCUUACCCUCUUUGGUCAUUUCACAAAAGGAAGCCUCUGGUGUCUCGCAAGUCACAAUUCACGUUCGUGAUUCGUCCAGUCGUCCCUGUAUAAAUUCUCUGGGUUCAAUCGUUCGUUCAAUUUUUGGGAGGAUUUUGCUCUUCUUCGUCUAGGGCAUCAGUUUAUCUUUUUCUAUCGAAAUGGCGGACACGGACGAGCAAGGUUUGGGGUACUGGCUUCGAUGGCAAGUACCUGUGUGUGCUCUGAUCUUCUUGGCUCCUUCUGCAAUAGCUUUGAUUUUCGUCUCCAAAGUACAGACGGCUCCUUUGGCUUCCUACGAUCUAUGGCUUCCGUGCUGGAGAAGGCUCAGUCCUGUUUGGCUUCUAAUCUACAGAGCCGCCGUGUUUGUUUUCAUGUCUUGGAUACUGUCUCAGAUAGUCGCUUCACACGGAGCUUUUUCCUUUUAUUUUUAUACCCAGUGGACUUUUACAUUGGUCAUUAUCUAUUUUGCGCUUGGCACGAUUAUAUCUGCCCAUGGAUGCUGGACAUAUUCAAAGAGACCUGAAUAUGAAGAAGGUGAUCAUUUACUGAAAAGAGAUCAAGAAGAGUAUAAUAAAUCUGCAACCAACAGAACAAACAAAAUCAAGGGUGACAUAAAGUUGCAGAGCCAUCAGGUGCAGGAGGAGACUGAACAAAGGGCUGGAUUUUGGGGAUAUCUAAUGCAAGCUAUUUAUCAGACUUGUGCAGGUGCUGUAAUGCUCACAGACAUUGUGUUUUGGUUUAUUUUACUUCCAUUUUUGACAUCUGAACAAUUUAGACUUAACCUGUUGAUGGGGUGCAUGCAUACUCUCAAUCUUGUUUUUCUUGUCCUUGACACUGCUCUUAACAGGCUUCCAUUCCCUUGGUUCCGGUUUGCAUAUUUCGUGUUCUGGAGCAGUAUCUAUAUCACUUUUCAGUGGGUUCUUCAUGCCUGCGGCUUUACAUGGUGGCCAUAUCCUUUCCUUGAGCUCUCUACUCCAUGGGCACCACUAUGGUAUUUCAGCUUGGCUUUGAUUCACAUUCCUUGUUAUGGUAUGUAUGCACUAAUUGUAAAAGCCAAAAAUGCAAUUUUCUCUAGAUUCUUCCCAUCUGUAUACAUAAAGUCAAAUUAGUUUAUUGAUUUGCUUCUGAUGUUGUCCAUAACUUAGAAAAGACGUAUAUUAUACCAGGUUUGGAUUCAUAAUAUAUUUUGGAUGGGAGCAAGUAGAAGCUUUUUAUGUGCUACUGCUUACCCCUUUGAAUCAUAAACAAUGUAAUAUAUAUACAGGUUCUAAAUGAAAAUUUUAUAAUUGCCGGUUAGUU